CACUCGCCGUGCUGGCCACUGGCUGUCCUGAGCCCUGACCCUUCACCGUGCUGAGCCCUCGCCGUGCUGACCCCGAGGUGAUGCCGGCCCCUGCCCCGCCGUCCUGGCCCGCUGAGGCGUGACCGCGGCACCACGGCGGGGCCGGCCCGGCCCACGCGCUGCAGGGUGGUCAUCUACCUCCAGAAGGACAAGGACAUGUCGGGGGACACGUGCCUGGGCAGCGCCCUGUGCCCGGCCGCGGGCCACAAGCCCAAGGCCGGCGGGCUGAAGGGCGGCAGCCUGGGGAACAAGUACGUGCGGCUCAACGUCGGCGGCUCCCUGUACUACACCACGGUGCAGGUGCUCACCAGGCACGACACCAUGCUCAAGGCCAUGUUCAGCGGCAGGAUGGAGGUGCUCACCGACAAGGAAGGCUGGAUCCUUAUAGACCGUUGUGGGAAGCACUUCGGAACAAUUUUAAAUUAUCUCAGAGAUGACACGAUUGCACUUCCAAAACACAGGCAGGAGAUCAAAGCGUUGAUGGCAGAAGCCAAAUACUAUCUCAUCCAGGGCUUAGUGGACAUGUGCCAAGCAGCCCUGCAGGACAAGAAAGACUUGUAUGAACCUGUCUGCAGCAUCCCUAUUAUCACAUCUCCGAAAGAAGAGGAGAGACUGAUAGAGUCAUCAAUGAAACCUGUUGUUAAACUGCUGUAUAAUAGAAGCAACAAUAAAUACUCCUACACCAGUAACUCUGAUGACAACUUGCUGAAGAACAUCGAGCUGUUUGACAAGCUGUCCCUGCGGUUCAACGGCCGAGUGCUGUUCAUCAAGGACGUGAUCGGGGACGAGAUCUGCUGCUGGUCCUUCUACGGGCAGGGCCGCAAGCUGGCCGAGGUCUGCUGCACCUCCAUCGUCUACGCCACGGAGAAGAAGCAAACCAAGGUUGAGUUCCCUGAGGCACGAAUUUAUGAGGAAACACUAAACGUGUUGCUGUACGAGACGCCCCGAGUCCCGGAUAACUCGCUGCUGGAGGCCACGAGCCGCAGCCGGAGCCAGGCCUCGCACAGCGAGGACGACGAGGGCUUCGAGCUGCGCGACCGCGUGCGCCGCAUCCACGUCAAGAGGUACAGCACCUACGACGACCGCCAGCUCGGCCACUAGCUGUGCUGUGUCCUGCAGCAGGGCUGCUCCAGCUCACGGCCUCGUCCUUGGCCAGGAGGGAGGGAUCCCCUGGACAUCGAGCUUCACCUCGGCCCCCUGGAAAAGCAAACGGGGAUUUGUGUGCCCAAAGCAGCACUAAAGGCCAAGGGCUUGGAGAACUGAGGUGUGAGUCGCGCACCUUGUGCUUUACCUGCAGGCUGGCCCCUCUUCCUGCUGGGGAGGGGGCUGUGGGACGCUGGUUCUCAGUUUGUGGUUGCUCUUUCCUCUCUAACGAUUUGCCAGUUUCGCCCUUGCCGUGAGCAGCACUGCUCUUCCUGAGUGAGGUGGGGUGGUUUGAAAAGCUCUUUCCAGACGGCUCCCUUUUCAGGGCCUUGUAUAGUGGAACUUGCAGUUAUUAAAUCAAGAUACUGAAGAGAGAACUUGAAUCUGCUCUUGGCAGACCCUACACGGGAUAACCCCCAGGAGAAACGUUUGGCUGGCCAGUCAGCUGCUCCUGUGCUCUCCCACCCCUGUCCCCAGAACACCUGCAAAGGUUUGUGUUCCAGGAUAGUGUCUUUAAAACUCAUUGAUUCCAAGGCAAGCCCUUCCAAAGUGGUAAGAAUCAAGUCAUCAGCCUCUCCAUGUGAAAAAUGAAAAUCUCUGAAAAUGUAAAUGUGUAGGUAAUGACUUGUCCUGGGAGAGGGGGAAGUGGGUAAUGGUGGGGGAAGAAACCUGAAGUAAGCAAACUUGAGCAGAUUGUGGCACUGUUGCCCUGGUUGAGGCUUGUCACUGUGAAAUCCUGUUUAUGUAAACAAGGGCAGUCUGGGGAAUUUGUUUUACAGUCUUUUCCUCCUGUGGCCUAAAAGUACUAUUUAAUGUUAAAUUUCUCAAGCAGCGUGGGAAUAAUUGCAGUGGCUGGAGAAGUACAGGCUAAGCAGUGUUUUCUAAGGCUAGAACAGUUCUGUGUCCUGAAUCCCUUCUAGAGUGUAGAAGUUGAAGAAGAAAAACAGCUGUGAAAAUAUUCUAGCAUGGAACUGUGAGAGACGUUGGGCACAGGAGAGAGGUGGCUUAUAGUGGAUUUUAAACUGAAAUAAUCACUUUUAUUACAAGUGCUUGGCUGGGUGCUGAUUGUACAGGGCACUUCAGGAGGUGGGAGUAAAAUUGGAAAAUUGAAAAUUUAGAAAUUUCUGGAAAUUUUCUGGAAACAGUUUCAAGUUUAGUAUGAAAAGCCAUUGCUGACAUUUUCUUGUAUGUUUUAGCUCUAAGUAGCAGUUUUGCCAUUGUCAUGGUUAUUCCUGCUGGGAGCCAGGGAUAUUUUGGAUAUAUUCCACAGCUGCCUUUGUGUUCCCAUAUCAUACUUGGUCAUGAAGUUCCAGAUUCCACAAUGAUUAGUCCUGAACUGCUUUGACCAGUGCCAAAUCUACCUGUAAGAUUUAAAGAAAAUUACUGCAGAAGCCUGACAAGAAAAUAAUCCCAACUUAAUGCAGGGAGUUCAUAAGGAAAAUUGAGAUGUCGAUGGUUUGGGAGUAAUAGAAACAGCGGGGGGAAAAAAAAUUAUUUGCACCCAUUUAGGUUUUUGAAAAUUAAAAUGUUGUGGGUUAGUAAGAAAACACUAACAGACUUUUAGGAUUUUCUUGCCUCUACACGUGGCGGGAUUCACUUCAUUAUCCUCACAUUCAGGAAGCAGCAUUGCACAGGGAUGCACCUGCCUCCUUGUGAAAGGCCUCUUGAAAUCUCUAAUAAUCCUAACGUCUUUUCUAUUUCUUUCUGUAAGUUUUUGUUUUCCAGCUGGUUAUUCUGUUGUGCCCAGGAAAAUACAGCUGUUGAUAUUUAGUUUCAACAAAGAUUUUUGUGGUAUUUCUCUAAUUCUGCUAGAGUGUGAUGUGGAUUUUUAAAGUUUUUUCCCUCCACUGAUGCUAUUUAAUUAGAAGGCACAAGCAGAGGCUGCAGUGAUGGGGUCUUUGUGCUGCAUUUAAUAGCUUCAAGUUAUUAUCUUGUGCUUUUUCUGUCUUGUAACAAAGGCUGAUGCCAUUUAAAAAACAUGUGGCACUUCUGUUUCUUGGCAAAUGAUUUAUAUUUUUUUUUCUUGUUACUAUCGUAGUGAAUGUUAACAGAGUAAGUAAGUGAUGCUGAUAGCCUUGCAAAGCUGUGUUUAAAUGAAAUUAUAAGCAGAAAAAUGUCAUAUUUGCUUUUAUUUUUUCUGGGGAGGACCAGUGUGGGAAGGAGUGUGUGAAAGAUGUCAGAUCAGUGUGCUACUCCAGAGGCUUUCUGUACUCGCAGGAUUCAUUAACAAAAUGGAUCCAGCUUGUGAAUUGUUACACUGUAAGAAGCAAAGAAAAGCCUGUGUUUUGGAUUAGUUUUCAUUUCCCUAUUUCCCACAGCCAACAAGUAGUAUUAAUUUCUGAUUUGAAUUUAGUUUAAUUAACCUGGGAAGCAAACAGUUUUGAGAACCAUCUGGGUUGUGAGAAUCUUUUACCAAGUGCAAAGGAUCUUCUUGGUGUUUGUGGAAUGUGAGUAUCAGUAAGAACUGUCAGCAGUUAUGCACAUGUUUAAAAGACGUGCAGAUAUCCUUUUCAUUUCCCUGUAGUUUCUCCUGUUUGUCUGGAGCUGCUCCAGCACAGGGUGUCACUGAAUCUCCCUUGCCCCAAAAUCAUGCCCUGGUGCAGUCUCUGUCCCACCAGGUUCUGAUCAUUUCUAGUACUGGAGUUGAGAUGUAACACAUGCUUUGUAUUCUCACCUUAAUCAGUCUACGUCAUUGGAGGCUGUUAAUUAUUGUGACAGGAAUGUUCUAGACAUUCUAGAACAUGAGUUUACAGCCAGUGUAGUGCAGAAGCAGCAGUGAGCAGGAUGAUGCAGUCUAAAGGCAGCAUUGGUGGGUUUGCAGUGAGCUCUCCAAGGAUCUCUGCUCAGAUUAAGCUCAAAUUAAGCACAGAUUAAGACAAUACAGGUUUCUCAUUAUAUAUGUUUGUCUGCAAGUUGAGACUUGUACUGGCUUCCAGCCAGACCAUCACCAGUGGGUGCAUUAAUGGUGUACCUGGCAAUUUGGAGUAGCCUUUGGGAGAAGAAAGAGCCUUCUUGCCCCACUUGUGGGGUGUGAAUUGUAACUACAUUAGCUGUCAUUCUUACAGGACUCGCUGUCUCCUUCACUCCUAAUUUUGGUCAAACCCUUGUGCAGUCAGGCAGGCGGAGGGAGUGCAUGGGAGCCUUUCGGUGCCCAGCCCCGUGCCCGAGGGCCGCGGGGUGUUUCCCAAAGCAGCCUCUGCGGGGAGGGAGGCUCGCUGUGCGGCGUGGCUGCUGGGAAGGAGCUCCCGCUGGGCGUCAGCGGGGCAGCAGUGUCGGAGGAGAGAGCUCUGCAGGGCUCGGCCCGGCCGCCGAGACACAGUCCCUGCUUAACCUUCACCUUGCCAUGCUGGUUUUUGAACGGGAGACGUUUGUCCUGCUGCAACCUUCCGCUCCGGUGACGUUUAUCUUGUGCACUCUUGGUUAAAAUAGAAAAUAAGUGAUGGACAGGGAGGGUGCUGGAGGGGCCGUGCUGUCACUGAGAGCUGCGUUUGAAUGGGCAUUGCUUACUGUGGGCUUGGCUUCAUUUUGUUCUUCUCGAGGUUUGUCAUUUUCAGACAGAAUUCUCUCCGGGCAGUACUGGAGAUACACCUGAACUGGGUGGGUCUGCCCAGCAGCCCCUGCCUUACACAGCGGGGUUGUGUUCUGUGACAAUCCGUGCCAUUCGGUCCUCACAGCCUCCAGCCUUCCCCCGUGCUGUGGGACAGCUCAGGUGUGCCUGGAGUCCUGUUCCAGCUCCUCAGGUGUGCCUGGAGUCCUGUUCCAGCUCCGUCCUCCCCCAGGGACAGACGGCAGGCUCUGUUUUCUGCAUGUGUGAGACUUCUCCUCAUCCAAUGGAACGGUAGUGAGACCCUUCCCUACCUCACAGGGUGGCUGACACUUAAUUUGUUUAACAAGAGUAAAGGAUUCUUUUGGAUUUCUAUGAUAUUUUAUAUACAGAGGAUUACAAAUAUGAUUGCUGAUCUUGUUUAAACUGACAUUCUGGGAUCAAGUUAUUUUCUUAGAGAUUCAGUCUUUGUUUUAUUUUCAUGUCUAACUUUAAGGGUCGGUUUUACAGACAAAGUACCUAGUUAAUGCAGUAAUUAAUCAAUUCUCUUAUCAGUUGAUGAAAGUGUUUUGCAAGUGCAUUAAAAGGAAAUAGAACACUAAUUUUUAAUAAAGUGCUAUAUUUUGUCUUCUGUGA